AUGCCUCGUCGGACAGCACGUCAUGUCUCCGGGGGAAGGCACCGCAUGGCCAAAAACGAGGUUUCAUCGCGCAUCUGGCCCAUGAUGCAUCGGACCGACGGGCAGCAGGCCUCUCCCAGGGCCGUUGGGAGCCUGGACGAAGUCUUCCAGGGGCAAGAGAAAGGGAGGGGCUGUUGGAAGGACGGCUCGUACGUGCUCGUAGGUGGCCAUGAUAUAAAGGAAUGCAAUGUCUCAUUCCCACAAAGGAGGCGGGCUGUCAUUGAAAAGCUGGCGGGGUGA